AUGUCGAGAGUAUGGGAUAGGAGACACUUCGAAUACGGCGAAGUCGAUAUCCUGGCCCCUGAAAACAAAGGCUGGAAGCACCUCUACGAGUUUGACAUUCCCGUAGUAUGCAGAUCUUUCGUCUGUAACGCCGGGCCUGUCCCAGAGCUGAUGGUGAUAGGUUCAUAUCGACCGAACGGCUGCCUUGGCUACGAGAGACGGCCAAACCACCGCGGCGGCACGAAAGCUCAAACAUCGAUUUACCGAAGCUGAGCUUGAGCGAGCCAUGGAUGAGGUCGAGGAUUCAUGA